UGCGACCCACAAUGCCCGGCGAGAACGACAACAAGAAACAUGUCGGCAAGGGACACGGAGGAGGCUCUCGUAUUUUGGUGAUGCAGUAACUCGCGCGGAGUGAGCUCGAAUUCUAAUGGUUGCGUGUGACUAUGGCAGAACCCAGUCUAGAUCUUCGCCCCCUGACGGCUCUUGAGAACCUGGUGGGCGUGCAGAUAGGGACUCUUCCCAUCCCGAGCGAGGCCGAGGAGGAGGCCAGGGCGAUGGACGCGGGCCACCUCGCGCCCCUCAAGCUCGUCGACGAGGAGCCCGGGACGCCUGCCACGCCGCCUGCUCCUCCCGGCGAGCCCCUGGAAGACCUAGUGGAGGCGAGCGGCGGCGGGAAGGAGGAGGUGAGCGAAGGCGAGGGCAUGAACACUGCCCAGGAGGGACAGGAGGAGGAGGGGGCGCAGGACGCGGACCGCCUCCCCGCCCUGGCCCUCCCGCAGGACACCUCCAGGGACAGCAGCCUUCAGCCGUCAGGGGGGGAAACGGUGGCGCCCGUGGACAGUGCCCUGCCCAAUGAAGCCAUGCCAGCUGUCAGCUCGGAACACUUAGUGGGGGAACAGCAUGAGGGGGAGCAGUUGUCAGAGAGUGAGCCCAUGGAGACAGAGUCGUCCUGGGCUGGUGACAAGGAGCCCUUGCCCAAUGACAGUGGCACUGAAACCUCCGUGCGGGACAGGGAGGCGGAGGAGACCCUUGGGGGCGGGGACUCGAGCACCAGCAGUGGGGGUGGGGAGGGCAGUGUGUCAGGGACGGGAGCGCCCGAAACAGAAGAACAAUUCAGUUGGGACAAUGUGCGAUGUGUUUUCUGUGAAGCGAGUGCGAUAGACCAAGAACCUAAACUCUUACCGUGUUUACACUCAGCUUGCAACAAGUGCUUAACCCAUGAGGCAGCUGAGCCAGAAAUGAACAAAGAUGAUGAGAUUGUUGCAAUGGACCCAUUAAUCCAUUGUCCAGUAUGCAAAAAAGGAUUUCCACAAGACAGUAUAUUGGACAAUAUGUUUAUAUGUGAAGCUCAAGGCAGUGGGGACCGAGGAGCUGGAGCAUCUGAGGAGAGCUUCACAUGCACGUCCUGCACAGAUGAAGCAGUAGCGACUGGUCUCUGUACAGACUGUUCAGAAUGGCUUUGUGAUCAGUGUAUACAGGCCCACAAAAGAGUGAAGGUAACCAAAGACCACAUCAUUAAGGGUAAAGGAGAGGUGGACUCUGACUCAUCAUCCACCAAGACUCAGGCCAAGAGAGCGCUCUUCUGUAACAUACACAUUAAGGAGAAGUUAAAUCUUUACUGUCAGACCUGUGAUCAGCUAACCUGCAGAGACUGUCAGUUGAUAGAGCACCGAGAACACAAGUACAAGUUUUCCGAAGAGAUGGCAAGCAUUACAAGAGAACGACUAAGACAAUUUUUAAUGGAUAUUCGUAAGAAGAGAGGCUAUAUAGAAAAUGCGAAAGAAUUAGUCGGGGAACGACGGCAACAGAUUCUUAGUAAACAAGAGUCUGUACAAGCUGACAUAAAUAGGCUAGUCGAAACGUUCAUAGAAAUUAUAAGACAAAGGGGUAAUAACUUGUUUGAUCUGCUGAGAGAGGUUUGCAACAGUAAGCAGGAACAGCUCGACAAGAAAAACGAGGUCCUUCUGCAUCUGGGAUCACAGGCUGACCAUUGCAUCACUGUUGUUGAAGCUGUCCUCAGCUCAUCUUCAGACAUGGCCCUUCUUUAUUCGAAAAAAUUAUUAAUGGACCAGGUCCUUAAAGUAGACAAAGAUUCUCCUGACAGAAGCUUAUUUGACCGUUUCAAAGCUAAGCUCAAUUCAGGUGAUGACAUCUCCUUAAGAAUAUCCAGCGAAUCAAGAGGGUUAGGCAAAGCCUUAAAGGACGUAGGUUAUCUUCUGGUUGAUAACAAAGUCUACCCACCCCCUGACGCUGGGGUUCAGAACAAGGUGCGUUCUUCCCAGCCAUCCCCCGUUGAUCCAUCUGCUUCUCCACAGCCUCCUCAACCCCCACAGCCUCCAGCACUCACACCUAUGCAUUCAGCCAUCCAGCAACAGCAACAGCACAUUCAGCAGGGAGGCAGCAUGCACCAUAAAUUUCACAACUUCGGUCCAGCACCUCCUGGUCCAGCUAAUCCACCAGGGCUGGUAAGGAUCCAGCCUAAGCCUUCAAAUCAACCCCAUCCAGGUCCCAGUCUCACCAACUUUGCCAGGAUGCCCCAGUUAACACAGGGAAGAUCAUCAGAUGUAUCAUCCUCCGUCUCAUCAACCACUCAUCCAAUAGGAGAAAAUAGUCACCUACGAGGACUUCUAGGAUCUGGUGGGACUUACAAGCUAAAUGCAUUCAACCCCCAUUUAGCAGCUCGUUUACAGCAGCACCAACCACACCAAGGUACAUCGAGAAGCCAUCAUGACCAGCAGGGUUCUCCAAGAUCCUCCUUGCCCUUUCGACAGAGCAUGAACCCUGGUGCAGCACCAAUGCCAAUGCCAGGGGGUUCACAGCCCAACAACAAUCCUUUAAGUAUGGUCAACAUGGCAGCACAGCUUAGUGCCCCAUCUGGUAUCAGUAUCACUCCGGUUCCUCCUCAAAAGGCAACUCCGCAGCACCAGCAAGGACACAUGACACACCAGCAGCAGCAACAACUCCCUCACCAAUCAAAGUCCCACCAUCAGCAGCACCUCACGCUACAGAACAUACUCCGAAAUACAUUAUCGCAGCCUGCAAUGGCGCAGAAGUCUGAUUCUCGUCAGCCGUCACCGCACAGCACCCAGCAACCACAACUGAAGAAAGAAAGCAGUAGUCCGACUCCAUCGUGGCAUAUCCCACAGACAGCAGAGUCCUCUAAGUCAAGCAGCAGCAACAGUAAUAGUCAUAGCAGUCAUGACAACUCAACUCCCAUGGUCACCAUCCCCACAGAGAAUCUUGACAACUCCUUCAAGAUUGUUCUGGGUCCCAGUAAAAGCAACGGUGGGGUGAGUUCCUCAACCAUCAGCAACCCCAACACCAACACCUCCACCUCCAACUCCAACUCCAACUCCAACUCCAACAGUACCUCCAACAUCCCCCCCAACUUGCCCCCGCUCACCAGGAUCCCAGGGUUUAGAUCAAUCCUUCCAAAGCCCACGGCAACCUCAGAUGCCAAGGAGACUAGGCUUUCAAGUGAAAGUUUGGGCCAGGACUCUGCAUCAGAUGAGAGCAAACUCAAAAGCAUACCUCCUCCAUCAGUUUCAAUCACUCUAGCAGCCCUUACUGGUUCCUCCUCAUCUGACCCAGCAAAUGGGCCAAAAGUGAAGAUGGAGGACCAUACAAAUUCCACUCAUGUUGACAGUUCAUCCAGUCCUUCAAGUGGUUUUAAUUCUGAUGACCGGCUAAGAGUGACAGAAAAUGGUGAUGAGAGUAGAAAAAGAAGAGAAGACACCAACCAUGAUAGUGAGGACAGCCUGCCAGACCUGACCAUUGACACUGGCUCUGUGGAUUCUAUGCCAUCAGUCCCCUCAGAGCCAAAAAACGGAAAGUCUAGUGAAGUUUCAAGUGAUAGUGAAAUGGACUCAGCAGGCAAUAUUCUUGGUCCUGGAGCAUCUGUUCCUUGGAAGAAGGACCCCAAUGAUCCCAACGAUGACUGGUGUGCUGUUUGCUGGGAUGGAGGUGAUCUAAUAUGCUGUGAUUAUUGUCCAAAGGUAUUUCAUGUGCAUUGCCACAUUCCAACACUCACACACAUACCAACGGAGCAUGAGAAGUGGCAGUGCAUGUUGUGUACUGAUCUGGACAACUUAGACACAUUUGAUUCCAAUGACAAAUCAAAACGGAAAUUAGGCCUAGCAUCUCGUGAUAUUAAAGUGGCACAGAGAAUAUUACUAGAGCUCUACUGCAACUACGAAGCAUCUCAGCCAUUCCGAGAGCUUGUGGACAGAGAGCUUACAGAGUAUUACGAAGUAAUUAAACAGCCCAUGGCAUUGGAGAUAGUGAAAAGAAGGUUGGCACCAGACUCGCAAGACCACUACGAAGAUCUUGAAGAUUUUGUGAAAGACAUUCGUCUUAUCUUUAAGAACUGUUAUGAAUUUAAUCCGAAAGACACUGAAAUAUAUCAAAAUGCCAAGAUCCUGGAAGACUUCUUUGAGCAGCUAUUAGAAAAGUGGCUGGUAGAUUAUGCCUUUGACUCUAUGGACAAUGUAGAUGAGCCAGACACACCACAGCCAAAGAAAAAAAAGAAGGUUUCUAAAGAGGCAGAUGGAGUACUUCACAUUCAUUAGGAGAAUUUGCAUUUGGAAGCUUGUACCAUGCAAGAUAAUGUCCUGUGUCAGAUCACCAAAUACCUUCAUGGCAUCUACUGUCCAUUAAAGCAGUGAAACACAUGACAGUUGUACAUUAAUUGUGCAUUCUUUAUGAGCUUUUAGGAAGGUAGAUAACUGGACUCCUGCAUACAGUAUUACUUGAUAUUAAGAACACAAACUUGCAACCUGAAUGUGCUUUAGGUAUUUUCCUUCACAAAUAUGGAAUGCUGAGAAUAUCAGCUAAUUAAGUGUAGAUGUGCUUUGACAUCUGUGAUCACUUUUUUUAAAUGAUUUCAUCAGUGUAUUUUAUUGCAGUGUUGUACAAUGAGGGACAGAUAUUUUAGCGGUGGUCAUGGAAGUUGGUACAAAUGGAAUAUAUGAAACCAUUUUUUUGUUUGUUUUGUAAAUAUUAUAUUCAUUACUUUUGUUGGGGAAAAAAAUUAAAAAACAAGAGAGUAAUAGUUUUGUAACAUAAAAAUAGUUAAUAUUUGCUUCUCUUAAUAGAGAGCAUUUGGUUUCCUGUAUUUAUUUUCAUACCUCACAUGUAUUAAAGUAUAUUUGAAGUUUGUGAAUACUUAAUUUUUUUGUGUACAACAUUUUUGUUGUUUUAAGUAAUACAGUUUGCUCUUAUCUGACCUUGAGAAUAUGACAGUCACCAAAUCCGUUUGAACAUUUUCUAUUUAUUUAGUGGUUUUAUACCAAAAUUAAAAGGCAGCAUUUCUUAAUUCAGGGAGAUGUGGUAGUAUACCCAUUAAACUAGGCAUUAUGUUUAUAGCUGUUACUGCCAUACACAUAUUGACAUUCAUAAAAUAAAUACUUCUGAAAAGUAAUUUCAGGAGAAACUAACCCUUAGGACUGAUAUGUGUGUUUUGCCAUUUGUAUCAAGUGGCUAUUUGCUUUAAAAAAAUAUAUAUGUAUAUUUGUGUGUGUGUGUGUGUGUGUGUGCGCGCGCGCUUGCCUGCAUGCAUGUAUACAUUAUGUAUUUACAUAUUUAUCAUAUAUUGUGUGCAUGCAUGCAUGGGUGGAUGGCUGGAUAGCUGGGUAUACACGUGUAUGCUUUUUGUGGUUGUGUGGGUGUGUAUGUAUAUAUGUAUAUUUAUGUGUGUGUGUAUGUGUAUAUGUAUG